GAAGAAGCAUCGGAAGUUAAGAGUGCUACCACUAGUUAGUACCAACAUUCAAGCAUUCAAGGUAGUGCACCACCAAGCUAGUCCAUCUUAUUAGCUGUUUUUUUCUUUCAAACAUCGGCUUGCACAACGCUGACAUGAAGUCAGGAUAAAAUGUGUGGUGAUGCAAUUUUUAACUACUGUAACCUGCAGUCUCUACGUAACCAACGCUAGUAAUAGCUAACACCAGUCCAUGUCUUAAAUUUCCUUGCUGCUUCAGUCGUUUUUUUAGGUUUAGGGUAAUUAUUGUUACGUCUGGUUAUACUUUUUUUUUUUUUUUAUCAAAACACGGGACAGAGGCAACCAGGUUCAUCAUGGACGACCUUGCCCAAGCACUCUCAUCCAGUUUCGCCAUCUCCAAGGAACCGAACAGCACUGCAGCGCCCCAUCCACGGCUAGCCCAGUACAAGAGCAAGUACAGCGUUCUAGAGCAGAGUGAACGACGACGACGCUUUUUAGAUCUGCAGAAAAAGAAAAGGUUUAACUAUGUCAACCAUGCCCGUCAUCUUGCUGACGGGGACUGGACUGGAGCAGAUGACGACACUGAAGAAAUGGUGGAGACUAAGGGGGAGGAUGAGAAGCAGGUGGAGGAUGAUGUCCCAGAAAUGGAGAUUGAACAAGGGGUCAAGCUGCCAAAGUACUAUGCCAACCAGCUCAUGCUAUCUGAAUGGCUUGUUGACGUACCAGUGGAUCUGGACACUGAUUGGCUCAUGGUGGUCUGUCCAGUAGGGAAGAGAUCUCUCAUUGUCGCCUCAAAGGGGUCUACUGCAGCGUACACUAAAAGUGGCUACUGUGUCACCCGCUUUCCAUCUUUACUGCCUGGAGGGAACAGACACAAUUCAGCCAUGGGAAAAGAUUACACUAUCUUGGACUGCAUUUACAAUGAGGUGGACAGAACCUACUACAUACUUGAUGUAAUGUGUUGGAGGGGUCACCCAGUCUAUGAUUGCCCGACUGAGUUUAGAUUCUUUUGGCUAAAGUCCAAAGUCGAAGAGACCAGCGGCCUCUCUGACAUCAGCAAACGCAACCCUUUUCGGUUUGUGAGUCUUCCAAGCAUUGGCUGCUCACUGGAAUCCAUCCAACAAUCACUGGUAUCUGAGUACAGCUUUACUGUGGAUGGACUCCUGUUCUACCAUGGUCAGACCCACUACACACCCGGCAGCACCCCUCUGGUGGGAUGGCUCCGGCCCUACAUGGUGGCCGACAUUCUGGGAAUCAAGGUCUCCGAUGGGCCCCUCACCACCAAGCCUGUAUACGCAAGGGAACAGCUUCAGCAGAUACGUGAGCACAAGAAAACCUCGACUGAAGUCAGGCCAGGUGACACAAAUGGCCGCUAUGAACUUGAGCACCUGUCCACUCCAAACCAGGAGAAAACAGACAGCAGUGCAUGUAUAGCUGAAAGCCCAGAGACGGAGGCUUGCAUGGAGAGGUGAGAGCCCAACAUGGGGUAGAUAGCAAGAUGGCGUAAGAGUUCUUAUAACUUUCACCAUGACGGGGAAAUAAAAAACGAUGUUGCCCUCUUUUUGUUUUACAUGUUCUCAAGUGUAGACUGAUAUUUAACCACAUUUACUUCACGAAGACUUUGAACAUGUUGAAUUGUGAAUUAGACUUCAACACGUUUUUGUUUUUUAUUCUGAAGUGUUGCUGUAGACAUACUUUUGAGCAAGUGGAACAAUGUAUCAUGUAUAUGAUAUCAACAAUAUUUGAUUGCACCUAAAAUGUGAGUGCCAAACCUAAUUUGCUACCUGAGUGAAGUAAUGCCUUUUAAGUUAGUUCACUUUUUAUGACUAAUGUUUUAAAUGGCUAGUCUCAUGACCAGAGGGUUUUCCUCUGGUGUUUUUAAGACACAUGUUUCAGAUGUUUAUGAAUAAAAAUUGUACAUGCUUUUUCUAAUUGAA